AUGCGGCCUUCCUCUCAAGGUGAACUGAGAUAUCAAAAUCCGAUCUUGCUUACGAAGACCUGUGGAUUACUGCCCUAUACAAUUCGAGCGCCAGCUCUGACACCUCGUCCCACAAUCGACGAAGCCCUCGAGCACGACCUAUUCGAUCGAAACAAACAAUUUUGCACAAACCGAUGCCUCAGUGGCAAAAGCCAUGGAAGAACCAAGGGCCAAUGCGAGAGUAUAAUGUGCCCUCGAGUCAAAGUGAAAAUCUUUAAUUUCAAACGAAUGCGCUGCUCCUCCGGCAAUCGUGUGGCUCUCCAACACCAGCACUUUGUCUUCAUUGCGUGCGAGCAGUCCUCCGCAACAGAGCCCACCGAUUCUGCUCUCGAUGAAGAUCACAUCAACUUCUUCUAUACCUACAAGCAGCAUGUGCUCAAUUUCGGCGAUCCUACGGAAUUAACUCCCUCCACACCACGCAAUCUCUGCGGUGCCGAAACGAUUCCGGACACCUCAUAUUUCACGGAUUUGCAGGCGUUUCUAAAGCUAGAACAAGACUAUAUAUGUAUCUUUGCAAUCAGCUCCAUCGACAUCAAGCUUUUGACGUGA